UGUUAUUGAUUAGUUUUCGUUCUAGUGAAAUACCUUAUCCACGACUGCUCUCUGAUGAAAAGCUGCCGUUAGCAGUGGUAAUGUUUUAUAAAAAAACGCUACAAUAGUAACGGUAACGAUGAAAUCGCAGGUUACAUAACACGGAUAAGGAGAAUAAAAUUAAUACCAAGCUCACAUUUUUGUUGGAAAUAGACUCGAACUAGAGACAUGGAGAGAAUUAAUAGGUGCUUAUAUAAUAAUAAUUCUUUUGGAGAUAAAAGAAAUUUGGAAUGCUUAGAGCAAGAUUUGUUGAUAGCAUCACCAAAUAAAAACAAAAAUAUUUUAGAUUUUGGUAAGCGAAUUCAAAUCUUGAGAAAUCAACUCAAAGAAUUAAUUCGGUUUCCUUAAUAGAAAUAAAUCAUUAAUCAGUCUUUCUAUAUUAUGAACAAGUUAAAGAAUACAGUUGCAGAUUUAAAUAAAAAAGGUUUUGGAACAUAUAUUGUCAAAGAAUCCCAAUUAUUCACAGAUUCUAAUACAACAGUAAUUAUUGAUGAUAAGCCAGAUUAUUUUUUGUUCUUCUAAUAUUAGUUAUAAUUAUUAUUAUUAUCCAUGUUCUUCUAAUAGAUCCCAAUCUAAAGAUAGACAAAAAGAUGAAUUUGAUAAAGAUACAAUUUAUGAAGUUGAACAUUUUAACAAUUUUGAGGAGUUUAUUGUCAAAUUUGCUACAUUUAAACUGCCAAAAGGUUGGUCUUCUGACCACAAUUUGUCUAAAGAAGGCGAGAGAUUAACUAUUUUUAAGAUCGAAUAUUCACCCGGCCCAUGCAUUAGUUGGGCAAUUGUUUAAUUAUAACCUGAAUAUUGAAACUUUUUUAUAUAGCGCGUCAGUUUGUAUUUCGACAACAAAAUUUAAAACGCCGUUUGUUUCACAUAGUUUGGAUGAUAUAUAGUCAAUAUUUGAAGCCAUAGAUGAAACCGUUAUUACUCUACCUUUAGAGGAAAAUACGAGGGAAAAUAUUACCGAUAAUGACAACCCCGACUGUGACCUUAAUAGCAAUAUCGAGAGCAAUACAAUGCCUGAUUCUGCCAAACCCGCAAAUGACAUAAAUAAAAUGGAACGCGUGUUCGAUUUUGUGUCAAAUGUACUAAAAAGUUUCCAAAAUCUUGACAACAAAAUAGUACAUGCUUUAGAUUUUAUUUGUGAACAAUUAACUCUGCUUACAACUGCAAAAGAAAGAUAUAGGUAUUCAAGUAGUACAACAAUUUUAUGUUCUAUUCUCUAUACUAUCAGUCCACAUGCAUAUAAAUAUAUAAGGGAUUAUGGGUCCCUUAUUUUACCACAUCCCCAAACUAUAAAGGGUAUUUGUAAUAAACAUAUGACUGAUCCCCAUAUGGAUGAAAAAAAUAUGUUUUUAACUUAUGCUCGAAAUGUGUUUGGCAUGCUAAAAGAUCAUGAGAGAUUUGUGAAACUGCUUUUCGAUGAAAUUCACAUUGACCCUUUUAUGGAUUAUAAGGGAGGCAAUAUAGCUGGUACAGCAGUCAAUAAUAAUAACUCGCUAGCUUCAUCGGCAUUUACCUUCAUGAUAACAAGUGUGUGUUCUAGUUUUAAAGAGGUAGUUCACAUAGCUCCCGUCUCAAAAAUUAAUUCUGAAAUGCUCCAUAAUUUUAUUAAAACUAUUAUUGAAAAUUUGGAGGAAAUUGGGUAUGUAGUAUUUUGCACAAUAAGUGAUAAUAAUGCUAUUAAUGGCAAAGCAAUGAGCCAUUUCUCAGCUACGGACCAACUUAGUAUUGUUUAUCCUCACCCAAUAGAUAACCAAAGACCAUUAUUUUACUUAUUUGACACAGUUCACUUAUUAAAAUGUGUCUCUAAACCUGAUCAAAUGUUUGAUUUUCCUGAUUUUGACACUUUGGAAAAAAAUGCGCUUCUUUUUCUGCAAUUAAAAAAUUACAUGAACUAGAAUAUGAUAAGCUUUUAAAAACAUUUUGGUAGCCGUAUACCACACUCUCAAGAUACUCUGCUGAUUUUGUAAACAUCAUAACAAUAUGGUGGAAGAUUGUAAAUGUAAAAACUCCAUUCAAAGGCAAACAUAAACGUGACAUAUUUCAGGAACCCAUCGUAAAGAAAAAACUGACGGAUAUUGAGUUAGAUCCUAACGAGGAUCCUAAGAUUGAGUUCUUAGAAAAAAUGUUAAGUUGGCUCGAUACUUGGCAACCUAGCAAUUUUUCAAGGACUCUUACCCGACAGACUCGAACUGCUUUAAGUCAUACCCUUCACGGACUGCUUGAAAUUACCAAAUACUGUUUUGAUGAGCCAAAAUCUCAAACAGACCCUCUUGAAGAUAGAUUUGGUAAAUACAGGCAAAUGGCAGGUGGUCAUUAUCAUAUUUCUGUAUAUCAUUAUCAUAUUCCGAAAAUGGGUGAAUUUGAAACUAUAUUUAGCAAGAAGCAAGAAAAGGAGUUGACUAUGUCAAAAACAUGAAAUCACGCUUUUUUGGGUUAACACUUACGGUCCUUGGCUUAUGAUCUCGCUGGAGCAAAUAAGAUUCCGCACAAUUUUGAUACCACAACUAAAAUGGCUAGAAGAUAUUGGUUAGAAUUUUUUUUGGCUAGAAAUACCUACUUGAUAAACCAGGAAGUUGUACCUACUUUUUUACAAUAGACUUAUCUUCAGGGUUCCAUCAAAUUGAAAUGAAUAAAAAUUCUGUAGAAAAAACAGCAUUCAGUGUUGACCACGAUCACUCCGAUUUUAUUAGGAUGCCAUUUGCAAUAAAAAAUGCACCCGCUACUUUUCAAAGAGUGAUGGAUAACGUAUUAUGAGAAUUAAUCGAAAAAAAUUGUCUUAUAUACAUGGACGAUAUAAUUGAAGAGUGGAAAUACAAAAGGGGUAAGUGCCAAAUUUUUCAAUAUUAAGUUAUUAAAUCAGAAACGUAAUAAAUACUAUGCUGCAUGUCCUAACAAAAGUUACAAUUGCCAAACGAAAGCGUCUAUUGUUUAUGUAUAUUAUAUGUAUGUUAGUCUUAGAAGAUCAUCUCAAACAUUUAAAACAAGUUUUCCAAAGAUGCUCUUCUUAAAAUGCAAAUAGAAAAAUCUGAAUUUCUACAUAGAGAAGUUGAGUUUCUAGGACAUGUAAGGGAAUUAGACCAAAUCAAAAAAAGAUAGCAGCAAUAUUAAAAUACCCUAUUCCGAAAACACCAAAAGAAAUUAAAUCAUUUUUGGGACUCUUCGUUAUUACCGAAAAUUUAAUUUUUCGACGAAGAUCUUGCAUCAUCUGAAAGUAGACGAAACUUUCAGAUGAUGCAAUAUUUAGGUAUAGCAGCACACAAAUGCAGUUUAUAGUGUCAAAUAUAGACAUGAGUGAGCAAAAUAUAAGAUUCCGAGUUCUUGCCAGGAAAUUUCUUGGAGAGGGCUCUGCACGCCUAAUUCAGUUUUCAGUCAACUGCAGCGAAAAAAACUUGCGCACAUCGUAAAGCUACUGCAGGACCCCUUCGUUUCCGAUAAGGUCAACUCCAGAGAUAUCCGGGGUUUGAGCGCACUUUUGGGGAUGAAUUUAUAUACCCGUGAAGCCUAUUUCCGUGAUCGUUAUGGAGUCUCUGUUGAUCGAAAAGGAGGCAAGAACAUACGUCUCGUUUCCUCCGCCCGCCACGUUUUGUGGCAGGCUGAGGAAGACUUUUAUUACUCUUCUGAGGCGCUCAUGUGGCGGGAUAUAGGCGAGAAAUACCAUUCUAGCUUGCCCUUCGGCUUUAGCCCUGUUGUCGGUGCUUCUAAUGUUGACAACAUUGAGCGCAUUUUUAGUGCACUGACUUAUAAGGAGUUGAGGCCUUGCUUUUGCCCUAUCUCCACGACAACUCCCAUGCCGAUUACAUCAAGCUCGACGGAGCCAUGGGUGGGCUCCCUACCGAUGAGGGGGGCAAUUAUAUUCCGCCAAAACAUACCCCAAUAGACAAGCUCCACCGUUGGGGACUUUUUAUUAACGUCAUGGCGCACGCUGUCACCACGACGGUUUUCAACUGGAGGGAAGGACUGGGAAUAAGGAGCAACACGCAAGCCGAGGGAAGGCAGUUCCUGACCCAGCCAGCAACUGAGAAGAAGUCACCGGAGUUCCUGCACCACCACCACCACCACCAGCAGCCUCAGCAGUCCCAGCACCAGCAGCAGAAGCCAAUCAGUUGGAAAGCCCGCCGUCCUCCGCCGUCUUUAGUCCGCCGUCAUCCCGAAGCCGCCUGCACGGUAACAUUAAGGAUUGAUAUGAAAGGAAUCCCGUACCGUGGCAAGGUCUAAAUAUUUUCGAGUAAAUACCAAUAAAAAAAUAUAUUUUAAAUAUCAAUAACAAAUCCAUAAAAUAAAAUACGAUUGAGUUAUAAAUAGGUACUUGGAAAAGUAGGUAAGCUGUGAGGCGAUAUAUCACGGCAGUUUGCUUCGAACUCUAAAUUCCUUAUUGGUAAUUUAAUGAAUAAAUCAUUAGGCCGGGUUUUAGACAUUUCUUUAUUAAUCACUAAAAACAUAUAUGGGCUGUUAAUGGAGACUUGGUAAAAUAAGUAAAUUGUGAGGCGAUAUAUCACGGCAGGUUGCUUUAAACUCCAGGUUCUUUAUUGAUUGCCUAGAUAGACCAUCCUUGGUCCGACUCUUUUUCCGAAAACAGUCCGCAGUAAACAGUUCUGUCAGUUCUCGUAAUAAUUGAGCGGUGUAUCUCUGUGAGGAUUAGGAAACGUGGGGAAGUUGUGAGGCAGGUUUCUUACACACCGAUCCCUUUGCUAUAAAUACAUUUGCUGAACUCUUAUAGUUUUCCGCAGUUCAUUUUAGACUUAAUUCAAUUUUUAUUUUACUUCUUUCUGCUGUCAUAAUAUGCUAAGGUCUAAAUAUUAUUUAGACCUUAGCCCCGCCGCACAGAG